AUGAUGGAAUCACAACUGACUCCAGUAAAUGUAUUUUAUCACGCAAAUAAGGAGGAAUGGAGGUCGCGUUACGUGGAAUUGGAGUCGAAGAAAACGAGACAUUUCUCAUGUAGGCGCUACGGAUACAAUAGAGCGUACUUCCUGUCAAAUUUGUACCUGAGAGUGGUCAAAGAUAAGAACAGCCUGAUGUCAAACGAAGACCUGGCAUUCUGGUACUCAAUAAUCAAGGACUUCAAGAGCCUGGAAGAAGUGCCGCAGAAGGUGUUCCCAAAGCCACCAACGAGAACGUCAAACCUAAACGUGACAAUAGGAUCGCUGAAGAAGGGGAGCUCGGAGUGGAGAGAAAAGUGCAAGUUCCUGGAAGAAAGCAACCAGACAAUAUUUGAAAGAACAGUGUCAGACCUCGAAUAUAAGACAUACGUAUUAAACUCGUCAUACCCAUUGCCGGAUCUGUGCACGACGUCAAUGAGAAACGAAGCGGCGAACCUGAAGAACCUACUGAAGCACUAUAAAGCGGAAAUAGAUAAGAGCGAAGGGACGUCGACAUCAGAAACAACAGCAGAGUCAGCAUCGAGCUUGAAGCAGAAGGAGGAACCUAAUGUGUCAAUAUACGACAUACUAGAGACGGUGAUGAACCAGGAGAUAGACGAAAUGAAGCCAGAAGAAGGGCAAAAGGAUGUUAACCCAAGCGAAGAAGAGAGAGUGAGUAAAAGAAAAUAUAACGAAGCAUUCGAAGACAUACUAACACUAAUAAGAAUGAAUAAGAGGACGUACGGAAAAGUGUCGAAGCUGUUAAACAAGUUUAUACUAAAAAGCGCAGACUCGAUUAAAUCAUACGAUUUUUUAGACAAAUACACAGCAACGGACCUGGCAAACAUAGAUGUAAGUAACACUGAAUCGGAGUUAGAGAAGAAAGGAGAAAUUAAGCAGGAGCUGAUAAAACAAUCGGAAGACGAAGAGGUCAAUUUUAAAAAAAUAAAUAAAAAAAAUGAAAAAAUCAUAGAGGACAUGAGUAGGAACUAUAGCGGAGAAAAGUAUUACGAGUCGAACAAGAAAACAUUUAUAAACACGUUCAACGAGUUGUUCGAAGAAGACACCAGGCAAAGGCUAGUGAGCGAGCAGGAGGAAGUGGAGAGCAUGGACGAGUUGGAGGACUCGAGGGUGGGCAGUUUGUACAACCAGUUCACACCAUCGACGUCAUACACAAAGGGACAAAAUGAUAUACAGGCGAACAAGGAGGUGUACAUCGACGACGAAAAGAGCGUGGAGCUGAAUAAGCUGUGCAACCAGAAGCUGCAGGGCCUGAUUAGCCAGACGGAGCACCUGGAGGACGGAGACCUCGAAAGAGCAGUCUACGACUGCCUGGAACAGGAGUCGAGGUCGUCGAGCGACCUGGAGUCUCUGAUCAGAAUCAGCAGCAGAGGAGGCAAGAGCAACCAGGUGCUCUACAAGUCGAGCAGACUGUACCAGCUGAGCGGAGUCUACAACGACGACUACAUAGACGUGGUCUACAAAAACGGAAAAAUCAUCCCGAAGUCAGCAAUGCAGUUCUACACGAAGACGAACAAUAACAUAGUGCUGAGCGGAAGCGAUAAGUUGGACGUGAGCAUGGAGACGGUAGAAAAGAUAUUCGUUAAAAACUAUAACCAGAACGAAACAGUGUCGACGAUCAUGGAAAACCUGGACAUGAUCGACGAAAAGCUGGUGAACAUAGUGCGCGAGUACGAGACGAUGCACAGAGCACUGCACAGGUACAUUAACGCGCCGGAGAAGGACCCGGACUCGACGAACGAAGUGGAGGAGCUGUUUAACCUGGAAACGCUGCACUUCGUGGCGGAGACGCUCCUGGACACGAAGCUGAAGUUCAUACAGCAGGUGCAGUCGUACUACGACUCGCAGCUGAACAUCCUGGAGUCAAUAAUGCCAGUAAAGUACUACAACAUGUUCAGCAAGAUCCUGUGCCACCCCUUCAACCAGUUCUAA